GUGCCUGUGAACGCGAUCAGGCAGGGCUUGUGUUAAGGCAAGAUCCCUGGGAUCCCAAGCCAGCAGCCUGAGGGAUCCGGUCACUGCAACUGAGAACAGAUCUGGGGCACCAGGGGGUGGGUGACUGGAGAGAAUCAAGGAGCCAGGGAGGACGAGUCUUCACGGGGUAUGGGAUUGGGAGGAAGAGCGAGGAGUCUGAAAGUGGUGGAGGAUAUUGGGAGGAAGGUCUGAGGCCUGUUUAAAAUCUUAAUCCAACCCUCCCCAAAAUAUGUUCUCCCCUGGCGGGGUCGUGGGGGGGGUCACUACAGCAGAGCCCAUCUCAGCCAGGCAUGCUUCCUCUGCAUCCCGCCCAGGCUAGAGCAAAAAGCAGUGCACAGCCAUGUUGUCUCCUCUAACAGUCGCUCUUAGGGCCACCUCCAGUUGGACUCCGUGCCUCGAGGUGUGCAGGCCAUUUCUAGUGCCAUUGCAUGCAACCUUCUGGUUCUUUGGAUACUGGAGAAAGAACUAUUGGGGACCGUAUCGGAGAAGCCAAGGCCAGUGGCAACCUUGGGAAUACAUUGAAAAUACUUGGGCAGUUUGAUGAAGCCAUCGUUUGUUGCCAGAGACACUUGGAGAUUUCUCAGGAGCAGGGAGACAAGGUAGGUGAAGCUAGAGCGCUGUAUAACAUUGGCAAUGUUUACCAUGCAAAGGGAAAGCAGUUGUCUUGGAGCAUGGCCCAAGACCCAGGUUCCCUGCCUCCAGAAGUCAAGGAGACGCUGCAGAGAGCUUCAGAAUACUAUGAGAGGAAUCUGUCUCUGGUGAAGGAGCUUGGGGACAGAGCCGCUCAGGGCCGAGCCUAUGGGAAUCUUGGCAAUACCCAGUACUUGCUUGGGAACUUCAACGAAGCCACGGCUUUCCACAAAGAGCGACUCGCCAUCGCCAAGGAGUUUGGGGACAAAGCGGCCGAGAGGAGAGCGUACAGCAACCUGGGCAAUGCGCACAUCUUCCUCGGCAGGUUUGACAUCUCGGCGGAGUACUACAAGAAAACACUUCAACUCUCCAGACAACUGAAAGACCAAGCAGUAGAAGCUCAGGCUUGCUACAGCCUCGGAAACACUUACACGUUGCUCCAAGACUAUGAGCGAGCCAUCGACUACCAUCUAAAGCACCUGCUGAUAGCGCAGGAGCUGGGGGACAGAGUGGGAGAAGGAAGAGCCUGCUGGAGUCUAGGAAAUGCCUAUGUCUCUCUUGGGAACCAUGACCAAGCCCUGCGCUUUGCAAGGAAACAUCUUGAAAUCUCCCAAGAGAUCGGGGAUCGGAAUGGGGAGCUGACGGCUCGAAUGAACGUGGCCCAGCUGAAGUCAGCCCUUGGCGAUGAGGAUGGGGAUGCAACCCAUCAUUCCUCCAGCUACGAAGCGCAAGGAGCCAGGCCUAAGAGAAGCCAAAGGAACAGCAUGGACAGUUUAGACCUCUUGAAGUUCCCCUCCGAAAAGGAGCAGAAUGGGGAUAGCCACCACAUGGGAAAUCUGAAGAUCACGGGAAAGGACUUCUUGUCUCUGCCUGUGAGAUCCAGGAAAUACCAGGAGAUCCAGUCCAGUUCAGAGAGGAAAUCCCAGGAUUCCAAUAUGUCACCGUUGGAUGCCAGUGAUGUCCGUCUCCAGGUGUCUCAAUCGAAAAUCAACCGGGCCCCUUCAGACGAGGAAUGCUUCUUUGACCUGCUGAGCAAGUUCCAGAGCAGCCGAAUGGAUGACCAGCGCUGCCCGCUAGAAGAAUGCCAGGCAGAGGCUGCAGAGGCUGCUGCCACCUCCGUGCCUGCCCUGGAAGAAAGAAUAUCUCAGUCCUCGUUAAUAGCAUCUCCGCAGACAGAGGAGUUCUUUGAUCUCAUCGCCAGCUCCCAGAGCAGGCGGCUGGAUGACCAGCGUGCCAGUGUGGGCAGCCUGCCCGGCCUCCGCAUCACUCACAACAACCUGGGGCACCUGCGCAUGGAGGGGGAUGCCCAGGAGCCAGGGGACGAGUUCUUCAACAUGCUCAUGAAGUGCCAGUCAUCCCGGAUAGACGACCAGCGCUGUGCUCCGCCAGACACCGUCCCCCGUGGCCCCACCAUGCCCGAUGAAGACUUCUUCAGCCUCAUCCAGCGCGUCCAGGCCAAGCGUAUGGACGAGCAGAGGGUGGAUCUGGCUUCGGCCCAGGAGGAGCAGCAGCAGAGGAGACCUAGCUCCAGCUAAGAAUUGGGGGGGGUUGCUUUGAGGAAAGCAUUGUCUGUUUAAAAACUGAGCCCAGCUGCUCCGUGGCUGACGUUCCAGGGGAGGAGCAGUCCUGUCCACCGAAGGGGGGUGGGUGUAGAGAGGGAGGGGGCAUCUCCUGCCACUUUGGGGGUUUUGUCUUUCCUUGGAGUAGGGGCUGGGCAGGUUCACAAGCUGGGGACAGUUUUUCUAUAUGGCUUUUUAUAGGCAACCAAGGACUAUUCUACAGCUGAGCAAGGCUCGGAGGAACUGUUCACGCACAGCUGGGGGCUGGGCCCAAAGUGCCAGGUACAUAGACUGAGACAACUGGGGAACUGGCUGCUGCAGCCCCCCCGCCAGCGGUGCCUGGGAGCGUCGGCACCUCCCUGCCGAGCUCUGUGGGGAAGGGGUGUCCAGCUGGGCUGGGGCCCUUUGCCAGAGGCAGGGGGUGCAACUGUGGAGAAGCUGGAGGCAGCCAGCAGUUCGAGUGCUGCAGCGACCGUGGUCUGCGUGCCGUAACCUAUUUUAUUUCUGCCACACGUGGGUUAACGGGGAGCCUCUCUUUUCUUUGGACUCCUCCCAAGUCUGGCUAGGAGCCAUUUGGAGCUGUCGUCACCAGCCUGCCAAGGUGACAGCGGGAGCCAUUGGAGCUGGGGUCCUGCCCAACACUGCCAAGCUUGGCUCUGGCACCUCUCAGCACAGUUGACUUUCUCCCACAGCGCCGAGCAAGCCCCAUUCAGAUGCUGUGUGCACCUGGGGCUGCCCCUGCUCAGGGCAAUGCCUCCCCUGCAAAGCCAGCAGCGGCAUGGAGGGUGCCCACAACUGUCUCCGGUGCCAUGCUGGCUGUGCUGUUACAAGGGGAGCGGGGCACUCAGGAGUGGAACCUGUGACCACGAACUAAGAGGUCCCGGUAUAUAUGGCCCUAGCUCCUGACAGCUGUUGGCCUGUGUCAAAGAGCUCCUGGGUGUUUGCUGGCAGUGAACCCAUGGGGGCCCCGGUGGGUUCAGGCUGAAGCAAAGCAGCAGGGGCUAAACCUUGUUUUGCUGCAUGUUGUGAAGGUGGAACCUCCUGCUCCAGGGCUGUCACUCCGGCCCCAUUUGCUCCCCUAGGAAUAUAGCUGUGAAUCCAGCUCCGAGCACUGCCCGCAUCCCAGGGGCUUAACAACACUCCUCCGAGCCCUGCCCGCUUCCCAGGGGCUUAACAACACUCCUCCGAGCCCUGCCCGCAUCCCAGGGGCUUAACAACACUCCUCCGAGCCCUGCCCGCAUCCCAGGGGCUUAACAACACUCCUCCGAGCCCUGCCCGCUUCCCAGGGCUUAACAACACUCCUCCGAGCCCUGCCCGCUUCCCAGGGCUUAACAACACUCCUCCUUCUCUCUUGCAGCAGUAGCGAGAGGCCCCAGCCUGGCAGGCAUGGUGUGGGCUAGGCCCAGCUGCUCUUCAAAGUGACAGGAGCACACAGGGAAGGUGCUGACUUUGGUGGGGACUUGUCACUUUGACAUAGGCUGAAAAACAACCCCCCUCCCUCCCCAAAAGCCCUGAGCCCUCACGCAGAAAGGGGCUAGCUGCCCUCCAGGUUUGCUGUACCGAGGUGCCGCGCUGGUCCUCAAUGGGUCUUUCAGCUACUGCUCAUCUCCCCUAAGCCCAUGCCUGGGUCUAGGGCCGAGUCCUCAUCACUCUCAGGAGCGGCCUUCAUGGAAAAUUUCCAGCAGCAAGAAAUUCAGGCUGGUGGCACUUAACCCAACUGACGGACUCUCAGGAGAGGUACCAGUGCGCUAACCUGUGUGGCUGUCGUAGGUGGGAGCAGGUAGAAUUCACCCUCAGUACUGCUGGAUGGAUGGACCAGUUCAGCAGGGCCAUGGCUCCCUAUAUUGUACUCGGUAAGAGCCCCCCCCCCCCCCCCGGGCUCCGGCUGUUAAGACAAUAUGA